AGUACCGUUACGCAAUCACGCUUUACUCGUAUGUUUGUUUCGCGAGGGUUUCGGAUACGGAACGAAAGUCAUUUUGAUUGUGUUUCGAUCUUUUAAAUACUGUUGAAUCUUCUAAAACUAAACAUUUAGAACUUUACGCAAUCUUUGAACUAGUUUUUGAAAAUGAAAAGAGUCAAAGAAAGCGUUGCGGAAUUCCGCAAAAAAAAAAAAAAAAAAGGCUAAGAAAGAAGCAGAUGCGAAGAAGUCUCAAGGUGCAUUACUGAAAUAUUUUAGUUCCAGUUCUGGUUCGAAAGCCACGUUAACGUCUUCGGUGGCAUCCUGCAGCAGCGGAAGUGAUUCCAGUGUACAAGAAGAAGACGUACCUGCCGUCGCAGUUGGAAGUAGUUCUGGUCCCACCACAGAGCAGGGUCAAGACCAAGUCGACUCAUCAAAAGUACCUCAAGCAUCUAGUCAUAAGCCUGCAGAAAAAGUGAAUGUUGCCAAAGAAGACAUAAUUGAAAUCGUGCCUUCUGCUCCUGCCGAAAUCAAAGAUGUGAAUCUCGACGAUGUAGGUUGCUGGCCUUCUCCUAUGACCGACGAAGUAAGAACGCUUCUAGUACGUCGCGGAUCUGACUCAGUACAGCACAUCGAUUCCAAAUUUGCCGAUGUUGUUCGCUCAGGGACUUCAACGAAAGGCGGUACCCGAAAACUAACCAAAGAGUGGUUCUACAAACCAUUAUCUAACGGUGAAAAGGUUCUCCGAACAUGGAUGGUGUACUCGCCUUUGAAGCAAUCCUUGUAUUGUUUUUCUUGCAAGCUGUUUGGCAAUUCCGGCUCUAACUUCGCAUCUGAAGAAGGAUUCAACAAAUGGUGGAAGCUAAAUCCAAGAAUAGGAGACCAUGAAAAUAGCCUGGGCCAUGAACAGAGCUUCUUGAAAUGGAAGGAGUUGGAAGUUCACCUGAACUGUAAAGCAACCAUCGAUCAGAAACAACAAGAAGUUUUCGAAAGUGAGGAGAAGAAGUGGAGGGAUGUACUGUACAGGUUGCUGAAUAUUAUCCAGUUCUUAGCCAAACAGAAUCUGGCCUUCAGAGGACAUCGAGAAUACAUUCGAGGAGAUGAUAGUGGCAAUCGCGGGAACUUUCUGGAGUUAGUGCACCUCCUAGCUAAAUACGACCCUCUUCUAAUGGAACACCUGACAAAGAUAAAGCUGGGAGCAAGAGUCUCAGUUUCGUAUCUAUCUCCAGAAACCCAGAAUGAAUUUAUAAACUUACUGGGACAGCAAGUUCGAUCCACCAUCAUCCGUCGUAUUCAAGAAGCUAAAUAUUAUUACGUAAUCUUCGACAGUACACCAGACAUCUCCCACAAUGACCAAAUGAGCCAAGUUCUGCGAUACAUACAUAUCGAAGGAGAAAAAGUCGCCGUGGUAGAAUCUUUCAUUGACUUCUUCGAACCAAAAGGGAAAAAUGCAGAAGAUCUCAGCAACGAUAUAAUCGCGAAGAUAACAUCAGACGGACUGGACAUACAGAAUCUGAGAGGACAGGCUUAUGACAAUGCUGACACAAUUUCAGGGAUCCACAAUGGAGUUCAAGCCCGGAUUAAAGCACUGAAUCCGAAAGCUAUAUUCGUUGCAUGCACAAACCACUCACUAAAAUUGGCUGGGGUACACGCUGCUUCUGAAUCAGUGGAUUCCGUGACGUUUUUUGGACCUCUGGAGAAGCUGUUUGCCUUCUUUUCCGCAUCAACUGUUCGAUGGAACGCUUUGGUUGCCGUCACAGGUCAAGCAGUAAAACGAGUCACUGAAACGCGCUGGAGUGCUAGACAUGUAGCUGUCAAGAUGCUUAAAAAUAAGUUUGAGGUAGUUCUUGAGGUACUGGAACAAUUAACAGAUUCAUCUCAAACUUCCGAAACAAGAUCGGGAGCCAUUCUUCUCCUGACAGCCAUGCAGUAAUUUAACUUCCUAACUUUUCUUGGCUUUUGGGCUGCAGUGCUACCUGAAGUAGAUGACGCACAGAUUUACCUGCAGCAACGAGGACUAAGUGUGGAUAAGUGUGCUCAGAAACUCUGCGCUUUGAAAACCCUCUUAGUGGAAAGUAGAGACCGUUUCGUGCAAGAAGCAAUUGACUUUGCUAAGACUCUCUGCGAAAAACUCGGAAUCGAACUCAAAACGAGAAGAAUUCGCAGGAAAAAACGCAUGCAUGGCGAUGAAUCUUCUGAAGAUGCAGCUUUGUCUCACGAACAGGAAAUCCGUCGAGAGAUUAUCGCAUCAUUCGACAAGAUCAUUCAAGAAAUGACGACUGGAUUCCAGCAAAUUCAAGAAAUAUCGGACAAGUCAGCCAGCGAAACUUUUGGACAGCAAGUUCAAGUGUGAUCUUUCCCAUGUAUUAGAAGACAUCGACAAGGACGAGUUUCAGAUGGAGCGGAAGCGUCUUCAGCAGUUUGUUGUUGUUGCCUGUUCUGAAUCAGAGGAAGAUAUAAGUGGUAAAGGACCACUGGAGCUCCUCCAGUUCAUUCAAAAACUGAAUCUCGGAAUUUCGGUUCCAAAUAUAGUCAUCUUGAUUCGUAUAUAUUUGACUUUGGCGAUUAGUGUUGCAAGUUGUGAGAGAAGUUUUUCGAAGUUGAAGCUAAUAAAAAAUUACCUCAGGUCUUCUAUGAGCUCCGUUAGACUAUCAAACUUGGCUAUAUUGUCGAUUGAACAAGAAUUGGCUGCUAAUAUUGAUUUUGACAAAGUUAUUUCUGACUUCGCUGUUCAUAAGGCCCGUAGAAUCCGCUUGU